GGAACAAGACAGUUUUCACAAACACCCAAACCACCACACCGCCCAUGGUAUGUCUCCACCCACAUCUGCCAACGCCCUUCCUCUUCGCUCACUCCCCCUUCCUCUCCUUUCCCUGUCUUCCCUCCUCCGUCAUUCAGAAACCGUAUAUCUUCCACCAGGAGGUUCUGGGAAGGCUGCCGACGAUCAAAGAAUACACGGAAUUCAUAACAGAAAAGGAACUCGAGAAAGAAAAAUCUUCUUCAACAAGAAUAAGGUGUGCGCAAAAGCUGGUGAGUCAAGUCGAGCACCAUCACGGCGUCCCCCCUCGGGUUCGCAGCCCACGGGCGUCGUCCUCGUCGCCCUCUCCUUCUCCAUCCAGGUCCCCUGCUGCUGCUGCUGCUGCAGCAGUUGCAGCAACAGCGGUAGUGGCGGCAGCAGGAGGCAGCGGUGCUUCCGUGAGUGGCCUCCAUGCUCGGACUCUUUCAAGAUCCCCGUCAGCCUCUCCUUCGGGACCCUCCAGCACCAAGAGCACGCCCGACAGGAAGUCCUACGCUGGGAUGGUUCGCCGCGAGUCAACGGGCUCGGCUGCCUCACUCAAGAGCAACAUCUCCCUCCUUAGCAACGCCUCCAUUAGAAGUAGUGCCUCCACACACAGCAACGCAUCAUACAAGAGCGCCGUCUCGGGCAAGAGCGGCGCCUCCAUGAAGAGCAGCGCUUCCCUCAUCAGCAGUUCCUCCAUGAAGAGCGCCGUGUCCCUCAAGAGCAGCGCCUCGGUCAAGAGCGGGAUGUCGAGCAAGAGCGGCAUAUCCAGCAAGAGCUCGGCCUCGACCCGAAGCACCACGUCCACCAAGAGCACGACCUCGGGGAAGAGCACGGGUACCAUCAAGUCCAACAAGUCCAGCAAGUCGAUUAUCUCCACGAAGAAGGAGCCAGAAGGGAAAGGUGUCAGAAGAAAGGAAUCGUGUGAUAAGAAGGCAGACAGUGAUAAAAGAGUGAAGCAGUCAAAGGGUGAAAGUAAAAUCAAGGCGCUCAAGAAAAGAUUCGAGGGCAAAGAAUACCAUAGACUGCAGUGACAGUAUAAGAAGCCAAAAAAAAAAAAAAAAAAAAAAAAAAAAAAUCAUAUAGAUAAGUACUUAAGUCUGCCAUACUAUACAAUAUAACAGGUGAUUUUAAAAAUUAAUAUUAAUUUUUAAAAAAUAACCUAGCAGUAUUUCUUUUUCUAAAAGAAAAGCACAAGCACUCCCAGCUCUUAAGUUUUCAGUGUAACAAGGCAAUAAGAGGCAACCCCUCCUCUCCCCCCUUCCCCUACAGCAACAUUGCAAUACAUAUCGUUAUCACAGAUCGGUUCCUGGUGAAGUACCGAUCAUGGACACUUCUCCUCCCGUGAUAUCAAAACUGGUGCAACAUUAGGUGACAAACUCUCAUUUUAAAUAGGUUUCUUACUCAAAGUACAGUAUAAGAACCACAUGUAUAUUAGACACUACAAGUUGACUGCUGCAAUAAAUCAUAUAUACAGCUGUUAGUGAGAAUAUAUUUUUUUGCAACAAACAAUGGUGCAGUAAAAAAAAAAAAAAAAAAAAAAAAGGCUGUCUGACCUCACGAAUCUUUAUAUAUACAUAUAUAUAUAUAUAUAUAUAAGAAAUGGAUGAAACGGAAAUGCCCAUUUCUGGGGGCAAUAAAUGAGUUCUUCCAUACAUGUGAACUGGCCCCCAUAGCUGGCUUUCAAGGUGAGCGGAAGUGAAGUACCACCAUCCGUCGUCCACCCAGGCAAUACAGUAGCCUUGUAGAUAUAGAUAGGCUGAAAGUAGAUUAGUUGGAUUCAUAUAUCAUUCGGAAGGAGACUGUCCAGCCAGCUGCAAACAGUGCUUUAGACUCUUUUUUGACAGUCAGACCAUUUCUUCUCAGUGGUAGGACGUGUUCGCCAUCAGUACCAGCUCAACUUAACGGUACUUAAUGGUUCAGAGUGUGUGACGAAAGACGUGUUUUGAUGGCAAGCAGAUAGGGGUUUUUAUAUAUUCUAUUUAUUGAAUGUUGGAUCUUACACACCGACGUCAGUAUUCCACAUCCUUCAGUUUACAUAUGAUGAAUGGAAGAAAAUCUUUUUUUUUAAUUCAUUAUUGCAUCUACAAUAAAGUAACAAAAAAAAAAAAAAAAAAAAAAAAAAAAAAAAAAAAAAAACAUUUUUCACAGUUAACCUCUUAAAGGUUGGUUGUCAGCAUGAAAGAUGCAUUUUGUUUCUUUCUAAAACAAGUGCUCGAUCUUUGCUUUGAUUUCGUAUUUUGCCAAUUGUCUACGCUUUGAAGGGCCUGCUGGAAGGUUGAGCACUUUUGCAAAAGAAAAAAAAAAAAGAAAGAAAGAAGAAAAAAAGAAACAGAUGCAUCUUUAGUCUCUCCUUUUUAUUCAUUAAGUUAAUUCUUUAAUUCUUUCAAUAACUUACAGCCACUCCUGCCAACUUGUCACCAAAACUCCCCUGUGGCACCUGGAAGUGUUGCCAUCCAAUGCGGCUACCAGACAUGCCAUGAGUUACAAAGUUACACUCCUUCCAUUAGAUUUAAGGCCGAGAUUUUUCAGUAAUAGGACUUCCAGAUAAUGUCAUUUCUGAUCUCUAAUUUCCUAUUGUGAAAAUCUUCUCUUGUUUUACCUUCCUUUCAUAUUUUUUUCUUUCUUCAUUCAAAAAAGGAAGCUUCCUUAUUUUUAGUAUAACUCUUUUCCUUUCUCUUUUUGAUAUGAACUAAUGAUUCAUUUGGCUUUCAUAUAACUCUGAUGCAUACUCUGACACUAUUAACUUGGGAGAAAAAGAGAGGUAUCGCUAAAGUAUUAAGUAAAUCUAAAGAUCAGCGUACGAGUAGCUAUAUAGUUCUCAAUUCCAAGACACCACUUGUGGACCUCCUGAAGAAAAAGGAAAUAGAAUAGAAAUAAUGAAAUAAAAGACAACAUCAAAGUAUAUUGUAACUUUGAGGAAAACUUCUGAGAACUCGAGAAUUCUUCAUGUGGUUAAUGGAACUUUGGACUUUCUUAGAGUGACGUUAGAGGUAGUAUGUGCGCUCCGGCACCUGUUCUAGAGAUUGUAGUGCUCUUGCUCGUAACAUAUAUAUACACAAAUAUGCGUCAUAGCCACUUUUCAAGAAACAUAAAACAGUGCUGGUUAAAUCUUAGUCAAGGAUUGAUUACCUCUGUGCAUUUACUGACAGAUUGAGUGUAGGACAGAUCAUGAAGCUGUGGGUGAUAAGUUGGAUGCAUUAUACAUAAACUACAGGGAGUAUCACCAGUCAAGAGGGUUAAGAAAUUGUGCAUAUAGUAAAAUAGAAUUGUCAAUGCCAAGGUGCUUGUCAAUAUGCUAUUUUAAUAAUCAAAGAGAUAUUUAAUCUCAAAGGUGGGGAAUGUCUUUCUAGAUUACAGAGGUAUCUGCAGACUGCUUUAACAUCUUGUCUAAAACCAUAAGUUACCCAACAACAAAAGAGCAGAGGAAAAUUAGAAAACCACCAAGAAUGAAUUGGAAGGUUUUGAAGGUAUUAUUUAAAAUGUUGCUUUAUGGUAGAGGUAUGAUAUUUACUGAAUAGUUAGGGUUAAAUGAUGCAAAUGUAUUCUUAGAGGAAAAAGUUUGGUGGUAAAGAAAUAGAAAGAAGAAGGUCCACCAUACUGGUUUAAGCUAGCAUUCAGGCAUGAGCAGAUCACAAAACCAUGUUAAGAUAAAAAUUACGCUUAAGAAAAAACAACAGGUCCGCAAGGCAAUUGAGCAGAAACAGGUUUCCCUACUUUUCAUUAGUCACCUUACUUGAAAGACAAUAGAUAAUGCUAUCAUACAGGUGAGAAUCACAAACCCCAGAAGACUGGUGUAUGUUUAUAUGGUGUGGUAUAGAGGCAUGAAACUCACUAAUAUAUAGGGCCUCAAAGGGUACAUUUGUUCUUCCUUUGCAUACUAAAAGAGCAGAAUGUUGUAGGAUGUUUGGAAUGUUCCAGAAAACAACAGAUCAAAAGCUAGCGGUGAGUUACAAAACCGGUGCUUAGUUUAAGGUCUGAUGCUACCUUACAGUCAAGCAAAAGAAAAAGAAUAGGAAAGAAAAAGCAGGAAUAAUGAGUAUGCAAGAAAAAGGUCGAAAAAACAACAAAAAAAUUUAAAUCAAGAUAUGCAUAUACAACUUAAAAUAAAACAGAACUACACACUUGAUCCAGAAAAGAUAAAAACAAAAAACAAAACAAAAAAACAACAAAAAAAACAAAAAUAAAAAAAAACAAGAAACGAUAGCAAGGGAUAGCAGGCUUUGUCGGAGUCACUAGCUCAACUAUUAAAUAACUCUACAUGUAGGUUCAUUCAUAUUUCCAAGCUACAACUUUUAUCCAUCAGUCUUUAUCAAUCCUACAUUUAAAUACAUAGGUGAAAUUGUGACAACUUUUUUAUUUUAUUUCUUUUCCUUGUCAUUUGUGUGUACCUUUACAUCCUCGACUGUAUUUGCCUAAGGAGGAAAUGUUGAGACUGCUAUAAUCAGCAUUUUCUUUUGAGAGAACAAUAAGUUACAUAAGCCAUAUACACCCCUUAAUAUGCAAUCUACGAACAUGUUUGAGUCGUGAUAUACAGUGUUGUUCUCCUUAUUAUUUUUUUUUUUUUUUAGUGUGAUCAAAUAAAAAACUAAGACUUUUUCUAAAAACUCCAUAUCGAGUAAAAUGUUAAUGUUUAUGAUACCCCUCCACACAUACCAAAAAAAAGGUAAAAAAAAGGUAAAAAAAAGGUAAAAAAAAGGUAAAAAAAAGGUAAAAAAAAGGUAAAAAAAAGGAAAAAAAAAGGUAAAAAGAGCUUGGUACCUUAAAGUUUAAAAUUAUAGAUGAUAUUAAGCACUAUAGAAAGGCUAUAACCUGAUUUUUUGUGGAAGUUAUAACAUCACAAUAGCAUAAUCAUUAUCAAUAUAUUAUAGCUGUUAUUAUGACAGUUACUAAUGCAUUACAAUGUAAUAAUGACUACUUUACCUUAAUGGAUCUGUCAUUAUUAUUUCUGCCACUAUCAUUUUCAUCGCCAUCAUGAUAUCAUUGUAAUUAUUGUUAUUAAGCAAUGACAGUAAUUUUCAUUAUACACAAUACCAUAAUAUUCAUGCUUAACAUCAUCACUAUCAUUUCUGCUCUCACAACAUCAUCAUGAUUACCUUCACCAUUGACAUCAUCAUUAACUUAAUCAUUGUCAACAUCAUCAUUUCCUUCAUCAUUGUCGGCAUCAUCAUCAUCAUUAUUACAAUCAUCAUUAAAAGAUGAUAAUUGCUCAUCUCUCAUGAUGUUACUACAGUGAUGUUAAUAACGCUAAUAUUAGCAAUGAAACUAAAUUAAGAUGGUAAUAAUCAUUAUAAUUUAAAAUAAAAAUACCAUUACUAUUAUGAUAUUAUCAGGAGAAAUACAGCCCGAAUAAUCACCAUCUGUAUCAUUAUCGGAAUAGAAAAAAAUAAGGAGUAUGUAUCAUACUUCACAGUAAUUUUUACAAAGUGUAAACACUAUUAUCAUAACUCUGCGCCUCUAGUAAUUUGGAAUUGCUUAGGUGUACUAUAAAUAAUGAAAUGGAUGCUGAAAAAUGUGCAAUAAAAUAUGUAUUGUUUUAUUAUGGCCUUAUACCCUUUCCACCAGUGUUAAGAUGAAAUGUGCAUUCUCAAUAUUUCCAUGGCUGACACGGUCUCUGUUUUGUUUCUUCUUCCUUUUCUUUAUCUGUCUUGGCAAGUAUUAAUUUAUCCCUCUCUGAUUUUUUAUAAAUUGUACGUCAUAGUUCCCACCCUUACGUCUUCCCAUACCUGUUACAUUAUCUGUCUAGUAUUCAUAUUUAUAUUAAUAAAAUCAUGAAAUACUCUACAAGUCAGGACAAGAG